GGCAUCACACAACAGGUGAGAUUUCUAUAUAAACGUUCGAUUUCUUGUACCAUCAUGUUUCUGUAUCAGAUAUAUAGUAUAUCAAGCUUGAGUUGAGACAUCUGUCAAGUAUACAUCACUUAUAAUAACUUACAACAUCCCCAUACUUAAAACACCUUUCUUUACACCAAACAAAACUCAUCAAAAUGGCAGAGGAAGGCAAGCAAGGUUCAACAAUGCUUCAGUUAAGCACCGACCAGAGCUUCCACUUCGAAAUCCUCCGCGCCGUCUCCAUCGCACCCUACCAAGGCGCCGACAUUGGUGAGGUCCUCACAGCCGCUGCCAAAAUCAAGCCCGGGGACUUUGAGAGCUACUUCGCUGCUUUCCACGACCUUGCCGUCCGUGCACACAACCAAGCUGAGAAGAUCGACGUGGCCAAGUAUCCCGUCUCAGCGAGGACGGCGUUUUUCAGAGAGGCUACGUAUCUUCGUUCGGCUGAGUUCUUCCUCCAUGGAAACUGGGAGGACCCCCGUAUCAACUCGAUCUGGGAACAGCACAGGGUGGCCUUUGACAAGGCUAUUGCGCUUCUUCCUGUUCCUGGCCAGAGGGUAACGCUCAAGGCUGAGGGAUUCGAUGUCCCGGCCAUCUUCUACGGCUGUGGACGCCCUGGCCGUCAUCCAACUAUCAUCAUGUGCAGCGGCUAUGAUGGUUCCCAGGAAGAGCUCUACCAUGUUGCCGUUGAGGCUGCCCUUGUUCGGGGCAUCAACGUCAUAACGUAUGAAGGCCCCGGCCAGCCCACGGUCCGCCGAGAGCAAAAUCUGGGCUUCACCCACGAAUGGGAACGAGUCGUGUCCCCUGUCGUCGACUAUGCCCUGACGAGAGAUGAUGUUAACCAUGACGCCAUUGGUCUUUGGGGAUACUCUCUAGGUGGAUAUCUCGCUGCUCGCGCCGCAGCCAUGGAGCCUCGAUUCGAGCCUCGCAUCGCCGCCGUCAUGGCCAUUGACGGUGUCAGCGACUUUGGCGCGGCGGUUUUCCAAAAGUUCCCUCCGGAGCUGCUUGAGCUUUAUAAAGCCGGCAACAAAGAGGGAGUUGACCAGGCCGUCAAGUUCGCCGUGUCGAGUCCCGAAGCGCCCACUUCUUUCCGCUGGGCGAUUGAGCAGGGCUUGUGGGCGUUCAACACCAAGUCGCCAUAUGAGUGGGCAACAAAGUGCCUGGACUAUAAGCUAGGCGAUGCCGUCCACAAUAUCAGCGUCCCGUUCUUCGUGGCUGAAGCGGAGAAGGAUGACUUGUUGCCUGGACAGGCAAAGACUGUUGCUGAAGCUGUUGGAGAACUGGCGACGUAUCACUUGUUCACGGCCGAGGAUGGAGCAGGUGAGCACUGCUCGAUUGGCGCUGCUGUGCUGCAAAACCAAGUUGUUUUUGACUGGUUCCAAGAGGUGGUGUCCGGAAACAGAACUUGACGAUGUGAUGAAAUGAGAAUACCUAAUUUGAGCUGUUAAUGAAAGUCAGCCGGCAGGCAUUGUAUGAGCAAAAACGAGAGUAGCACAUUUUGAGCGAUAAGCUUAAACCGUUUUGUUUUCAUACAUGAUAAUCCAAUAAAAAGCAAUCCUCAUCACCAUAUUGUCGCCACAUGUGAAAACGGGUCCCUGUUGCGUCCCAAACAAAACUGACAAGACAUGUCAUCCG